CCGAUGCCUGCUCACGAUGGCCACAAGCACAUGCAUGCACCCAGGGAGAAAGAAGAAACGUACACAACGGUCACACACAGAGGAGACACAUGUGGAUCCGCACCCAGACUCGGUUUAUCUCCCUGACUGUGCCCUGCCUUCCCUCCUAAGCCUGGCAUGAGUCUGGAAUGUGUAAUAACAGCCUUCAGGGCAAAUUAGAACAGGGAGUGAACUCUUUCCCCAACCGCAGAGACCAGGGCAGUGUUUUCAGAGGGAAUUGCCCCAGAGCAGUGGAGCUGGCUCUGUGUGUGUGUGUGUGGCGUAUGUGUGGGUAUAUGCAAGCUGGUGUGCGCACACUCUUGGGUGGUGUGAUGUGUAAGGAGCCUGGGGUUUGGAGUCCAGGGUAUUUCUUCAAGGCCAUUUGCUCCCUGGUGGCCUCUUUAUGGGAGCCUCUGUAUAGGAGCAGUAACCUCCAUUUGCUCACCAUGUUCUUGGGGGAUUAGAUCAGAGAGAGGCCAGGAGGGGUUUGGUGGGUGUUAACCAAAAUGCCAGGCUUAGCUCUGCUAUGUGCAUCGUGUGUGGGGAUAGGGAAGUGGGGGAGGACAGCCAGGUCAGGACCAAAUCAUGCUGAUGAUGACGAUUAAAUUUGACAACAACCAAUACUUAUCAAGUGUUUAUUAGAUGCCCAAGGGAUACUUGAUCUGUCUCAUCUCAUAGGAGCCCUACAAUGUAGGGGCUGUUAUUGUAGCCUCUGUUUUACAGGUAGAGAAACUGAGGCUCAGGGAGAUUAGAAUGGGCUGAUAGUAAUAAUUCUUACCUCUCAGGGUGGUCGUGAAUGUUGAAUGAGGUGCUGGAAGGGCUUGGCAUGGUAUCUGGCACCCAGAACCCAUGCAGUCAAUAGCCUAGGUAGCCUGGGCUCUGCAGCUGACAUUCAGAAUUGAAAUCCUACCACUGCCACCAACCUGUUUUGUGGCCUCAGGCAAGUCACUUAUCCUCCUGAGCCUCAGUUUCCUCAUGUAUAAAAUGGGAAUGCUAACAGUACCUCCAGGGCAGGGUUUUGAAACUUCAGCCUUAUUGACAUUUUGGGCUGGAUCAUUCUUUGAGGUACACGGCUGUCCUGUGCCUUGAAGGAUGUUAGUGGCAUCCCCUGACCUUGACCUACUAGGUGCCAGCAGCACUCUCUCUUCCCCAUACAACCAAACAUGUUAUCAGAUUUUAAAUGUCCCUGUUUGGGGGGUGCAGGACCAGCCCCAUUGAGAACCACUGGUGUGGGGUCCCCUCAAGGAUUGCAAAGCACUUAGCCCUGUCCUGGCACAGAAGGAGUAACACGGUUACAGUGAUGAUGGCGAUUUAUUUUGAAAUUAUUAUUUUAUUCUCACUAGAAUGCUGACCUCAAUCAUUAUGUGACUUGCUUGUGGCCAUGCAUCAGCCAAUGAGGUUGCGAAUAGCUGAGAGGGGAUUUGAACCUGGGGCUAGCUGACUCUAAAACCCCCCAUGUUGGAGCUGCCAGAAACCUGGGAUGCUGUCCAGGUUGGAGUUCCUUAGGGGAGGAGGUGCAGGCAAUGGGUCCAGGUCUCCCUCUCCUACCUGGCAGAUGGAUGGGGCCUGAUGUCGCCAGAGGUCCUGCCAGGUGCUGCCAUUGAGUGGGUGCCUCAUAUACCUGAGGACCCCAGGAGGAGGCGUGGUCAUUGCAGUUUUAUAGAUGGGGUGAUUUGCACAAAGUCACAUAGCUGCUAAUUAGCAGGGCCAAGUGAGGAACCAGGUCCGGCUGAUUUCAGAAACUGUGUUUCUGAUCCUUCCUUUCUCCUUUAUAAUAAUUGACAGCCACCCCAUAGAAUCCCAGGGGUAGCUCUGGAUAUGUCUGAUCUCAUAUACCACUGCCUACAACCUGAUGAAGAAUCUAUUGCAAUCCAUCCACUUUUCAGAGGAGGAAACUGAGGCUAGUGGAAUUCGAGUGACUUGGCUAAGGUCACACUACAUGUAAAUAGCAGAGCUGGGAUUAGAACCCAGGCCUGAAUGCCUCCAAAGUCCAGGUUCUCUCUCUCUGUUGGUGUCGGCAGAGAGCUAGCCCUGCCAGGAACUUGGAUCCUCUGGGCAUACUGUUACAUUCUCCAGACCUUUUGUGGCAUCCCGCCUCUCUGGUCCAAGCCUUCUCUCCUGGAAGCCACAGAACAAACAAGGCUGAGCAGUGAAUACAGGUCUGGGGCCCACAUGGCAGAUUCCAGUGAAGGCCCCCGUGCAGGGCCUGCGGAGGUGGCUGAGCCCCCUGGGGAUGACGGCAGCACCCCUGGUGGGGAGGCCUUCCCCCUUUCCUCCCUGGCCAAUCUGUUUGAGGGAGAGGAUGGCUCUCCUUCGCCACCGGCAGAUGUGGGUCGCCCUCCUGGGCCAGGUGAUGGUCGACCGAACCUGCGCAUGAAGUUCCAGGGCGCCUUCCGCAAGGGGGUGCCCAACCCCAUCGACCUGCUGGAGUCCACCCUGUAUGAAUCCUCCGUCGUGCCUGGGCCAAAGAAAGCACCCAUGGACUCGCUGUUUGACUAUGGCACCUAUCGUCACCACCCCAGCGACAACAAGCGGUGGAGAAGGAAGGUCAUAGAGAAGCAGCCGCAGAGCCCCAAAGCCCCCGCCCCCCAGCCGCCACCCAUCCUCAAAGUCUUCAACCGGCCCAUCCUCUUUGACAUCGUGUCCCGAGGCUCCACAGCUGACCUGGAUGGGUUGCUCACCUUCCUGCUGACCCACAAGAAGCGCCUGACUGAUGAGGAGUUCCGGGAGCCGUCCACGGGGAAGACCUGCCUGCCCAAGGCCCUGCUAAACCUGAGCAACGGCCGCAAUGAUACCAUCCCUGUGCUCCUGGACAUUGCUGAGCGCACUGGCAACAUGCGCGAGUUCAUCAACUCACCCUUCCGUGACAUCUACUACCGAGGUCAGACAGCCCUGCACAUCGCUAUCGAGAGGAGGUGUAAGCAUUACGUGGAGCUCCUUGUGGCCCAGGGAGCCGAUGUCCAUGCCCAGGCCCGUGGACGCUUCUUCCAGCCCAAGGAUGAGGGCGGCUACUUCUACUUUGGCGAGCUGCCUCUCUCGCUGGCUGCCUGCACCAACCAGCCUCACAUCGUCAACUACCUGACAGAGAACCCCCACAAGAAGGCAGACAUGCGGCGGCAAGACUCUCGUGGCAACACAGUGCUGCAUGCGCUGGUGGCCAUCGCAGACAACACCCGUGAGAACACCAAGUUUGUCACCAAGAUGUACGACCUGCUGCUGCUCAAGUGUGCCCGCCUCUUCCCUGACAGCAACCUGGAGGCUGUGCUCAACAAUGAUGGCCUCUCACCCCUCAUGAUGGCUGCCAAGACAGGCAAGAUUGGGAUCUUUCAGCACAUCAUCCGGCGGGAGGUGACAGAUGAGGACACACGGCACCUGUCCCGCAAGUUCAAGGACUGGGCCUACGGGCCGGUGUAUUCCUCUCUGUACGACCUCUCCUCCUUGGACACGUGUGGGGAAGAGGCCUCGGUGCUGGAGAUUCUGGUGUACAAUAGCAAGAUUGAGAACCGCCAUGAGAUGCUGGCCGUGGAGCCCAUCAAUGAACUCCUACGGGAUAAGUGGCGCAAGUUUGGGGCCGUCUCCUUCUACAUCAAUGUGGUCUCCUACCUGUGUGCCAUGGUCAUCUUCACCCUCACUGCCUACUACCAGCCAGUAGAGGGCACCCCGCCGUACCCUUACCGCACCACGGUGGACUACCUGAGGCUGGCUGGUGAGGUCAUCACACUGCUCACUGGGGUCCUCUUCUUCUUCACCAACAUCAAAGACUUAUUCAUGAAGAAAUGCCCUGGAGUGAACUCUCUCUUCAUCGAUGGCUCCUUCCAGCUGCUCUAUUUCAUCUACUCCGUGCUGGUGAUCGUCUCUGCAGCUCUCUACCUGGCAGGGAUUGAGGCCUACCUGGCUGUGAUGGUCUUUGCUCUGGUCCUGGGAUGGAUGAACGCCCUUUACUUCACCCGUGGGCUGAAGCUGACGGGGACCUACAGCAUCAUGAUCCAGAAGAUCCUCUUCAAAGACCUCUUCCGCUUCCUGCUCGUCUACUUGCUCUUCAUGAUUGGCUAUGCUUCAGCCCUGGUCUCCCUCCUAAAGCCGUGUGCCAACAUGAAAGUAUGCAACGAGGACCCGACCAACUGCACGGUGCCCACGUACCCCUCAUGCCGUGACAGCGACACCUUCAGCACCUUCCUCCUGGACCUCUUCAAGCUGACCAUAGGCAUAGGUGACCUGGAGAUGCUGAACAGCACCAAGUACCCUGUGGUCUUCAUCAUUCUGCUCGUCACCUACAUCAUCCUUACCUUCGUGCUGCUCCUCAACAUGCUCAUUGCACUCAUGGGGGAGACAGUGGGCCAGGUGUCCAAGGAGAGCAAGCACAUCUGGAAGCUGCAGUGGGCCACCACCAUCCUGGACAUUGAGCGCUCCUUCCCUGUGUUCCUGAGGAAGGCCUUCCGUUCCGGGGAGAUGGUCACUGUGGGCAAGAGCUCAGAUGGCACUCCAGACCGCAGGUGGUGCUUCAGGGUAGACGAGGUGAACUGGUCCCACUGGAACCAGAACCUGGGCAUUAUCAACGAGGACCCUGGCAAGAGUGAGACCUACCAGUAUUACGGCUUCUCGCACACUGUGGGCCGCCUCCGGAGGGAUCGCUGGUCAUCGGUGGUGCCCCGUGUGGUGGAACUGAAUAAGACCUCUAGCCCGGAUGAGGUGGUGGUACCUCUUGACAACGUAGGGAAUCCCAGCUGCGACGGCCACCAGCAGAGUUACCCCCCGAAGUGGAGGACUGAUGAUGCCCCCCUCUAGGGGCUGUAGGCGGGGGCCCCAUCCCCUCCACCUAUCCAUUUCUAGUCCAUCUACAUUUCAGCAGCACCUCCCAGGUAUCCCCCACACCCAGCUUUGAGCCCCAGAGGUGAGGGCCAGGUAGAGAUGCCCAGGGAGGUCCCAGGACCCUUUGGUCCCCAGGCUCCUGCCCCAGCUCUGCCUCCACACCCUGGGGUGGGGCUCCUGGCUGCCUGUCUCACUCCCAUGGAGUCACAUAAGCCAAAACCAGGGCCUCUCCACCCUUAGGGCUCGAACCCCUGUGCCUGCCUCUCCAUUAUUUAUUUGCUCUGCUCUCAGGAAAUCAGUGUGACCGCUCCCCGCAGCUAAAACCCGGCAGAGGCCUCGGGACUCCGUCCCAGGUGUGCCGCCCCGCCCCGCCCCGCCCCGGUGGCGUCCUGUGCUGCACACAGCACCCUGCAGCAGCUUGGUGGCUUUGUUGAGGGGCCCUAGGAUGGGGCCAUGCCUUCUGUGUGUUCCGUAGAGUGUCUGGGAUUCCUUGGUGCUCAAUAAAUGUUUAUUCAUUGCUGGU